AUGCCAUCCACAAUGAUAUUUAACAAUAACAAUGGUACCCUAUAUGAUCACAAUUUGCAUUUUCUGAAUAAUCGAGGAACGGGAGAGAGUACAGAUUUAUUGCUUGAUGAAACUUUAAAACGUGGAGUGGUUCUUGAACGUCAACGCGAUUUCGUUUAUUCUGAGGACUCCAGCAAUGAAUUUUUUUCAACAAAAAGUUUUGUUAACCAAAAAUCAGCAUCAGCGAAACAAAUAUUUCAUUCAGUAGUUUAUCAAAGGUUGAAUAUCAAUGAUUUAUUUGAUAAAGAUCAAGCUUCGGGUUGGGCAUUUGAGAUCGCUCAGGAAGUUAAACAGAGAUUAACAGAUCUAGGCCCCAAACAAUACAAAUAUAUAGUAAAUGUAACGAUAAUGGAGAACAAAUCAACGGGAAAUAUGGUUGGCUCUUCAUCAAACCAGUAUCAUCAGAUACUAUUGAGGAUCGAGAUGGCCUUAUGA